CCAGUGUCUGUGCAGCCUGAGAUGGGACGCGGCUAUAUCCCGGAGGGAGGACAACAUGUGGUGGUCGACCCCUCAGAUGACCGGCAACCCACGCCACCCGCCAGACGCCCUGCGUUCGGGACGCGGCAUUUCAUAGAUAUCUCGGACAAUCGACCUCCUACCCCUCCAUCUAAGCUACCAGAAUCGCGCUCCAUGCCGGACAGGUCCCGCUCGCACGCUGACUAUGGUCACCAUGGACGCUCCUCGCCCGAGAAGGGUGCGCCACCACUGCAGCAAGGGCCUGUUCGCGGCAAGCCCCUCAUAUUCGCGGCGAUGACUGAGACAGCAGAAUUUGAGGACAUUGAACCUGUGGAGGAACGAGCGGAGGAUAUCCCUUUCGAAGCAAAGACUCCAGAAAGAUACAGCUCAUACGCUCCUGAAGAAGGACAGCAGACGUCCACGCCGCCGCCAGAGCCCGUCCCAGAACCCGUCCCAGAACCCCAUAGAGAUCCAUCUCCAACUAAACGGCAGUCGAGCAAGUUGCAGAAGCGCUCGUCUCGCAAGGCCGUCCCGCCCGUCGAUGAUCUUCUUGAGCAGCGUAACGUCGCUCCGGCACCGUCACAGCCUGCCGAGCGGAAUGGUACAUCCCGGCAUCGUAGUACCCGAGAGUCGUCAGCUGUCGAUGCUCGCACUCAGCAGCAUGAAGCCCCUCAGCGACGAAGUAGUCGUGCUGGCGCCGAAGCCCCCAGAGAAAAUCGCCGGAAAGAUUCAUCUCAUGACAAAGCGAAGCUGCAGAAGCGCACGCGCGACGGUUUCAAGGUCCUCACCGACAAGCAGAUGGAGAAGCUCGGCAGCAGGACGUCUUAUGCUGGUGCACCAGCUUCGAGAGAGCAUGCGGAUCUUCAAGCGAGGAAAUCCUUUGUCGAGGAACUCCCGUCUUCUCGCCCGGCGAUGUCGCAAUACACGAGCCAUCGUUCCAGCCAAGUAUUGGCAACUCCCGUGCCCACUUCAGCUUCGCACCGGCCAUCGCCAUCGCCAGACAAGAUGCCCUCUGCACGUCAUCAGCCGCCUGAGAUGUCGGCGUCGCAGUGGCCGGAGCGCCAUGCCAAACGGCCGAGUCCCCAGCUGCCUACUCCUCCCGAGGAAUGCAGCCCCGUGCCAGAACCGAAGAGGGAGACAUCGCGAAAGGCGAAGCGCAUUUCGCCGAAGACUGUGGAGGACAUGGAGGUGCUUGCUGGAAAGUCUCGACCGCGUACCCCAGUGGAAGACCAAACCACUACGCGCCCGCAUUCCGAGGCACCGGAAGAUCUUGCGCCCUACCCUUUAGUGGCGCACCUCUCGGAUCCAGUUCUGCUGGAGAACCUGCUUACUUACCUGUCAUAUUACGAAUGGCUCAGGCUUGCUACAGUGAGCAAGGAAAUUCGACACACGCUCUACGAAGAUGGCCGAGAACAAGUGCUGGCGCGAUACUUGCAAACGGUCGGGUACUCCAAGUGGACUUGGAACGAUCCAGAGCCGCUCAUCUUGACUGUGGAGGAUCUAAACCAUUACAUGAGAGGCGUAUCUAUCCCUACACACAGCUACGCGGCCAUCGCCAACAACUGGCUCAGGUCGAAAUCCUCCGUUGAAGCCCGCACAAUGCAAGACCUGACGUUCGCCUGCCGUGCCUUCACUCGCGUUGUUCUGCGUCUUCGUGCACAAGCCGAGGCGGAAGCAGCGCAUAUUGCACGAAUUGCGGCGUCCAUGCCUCCGUCGCCCGUGUCAAUGGGAGGUGCUCGUACGCGCACGUUGUCGCAAACGUCUCAGCGCUUACCCGCUAAGUGGGCCUCGCAGUCGAGUCUCAACUCUCGCCCUGGAAGCCGUGCUCCGUCACCUUCGCCUCAAACGCGCGGCAAAGGUCCUUCGGCUUCUCAGCUUAUAAAGACAUUCCACUCUCCCCUGUUCCGCCUGCGCCGUGCGCCGCUGCUGCAGGUCUUUGUGCCAUCCCCGGAGGGCGACUGGCUAUCAGAUGCGAGCGUGCUCGAAUGCGAGGCAGAGCUGAAGCGUUCGGGUGUGUUGCACUUGCUGAGAGCUGGAGAUGUCAUCUGGGAUAUUGCCGCUGGGGACGAAGCGAACGCUGGCCGACUGAUCUGGGAUGGGUCGUACCUGAUUGACCUCGACUACACGUACUCGAAAGUCGGUGAUCCACCCAAGUACCUACCUACACUGGCGUUCCCCCCAUCCUACUUCCACCGCGUCAUCCGGACCAUGGGCACCGGCAAUCCCAUCGUGCGGAUCGAUUUGUCACCGUGGGCUGAUGAUAUUAAGGAGAAUCUUCAGCUAGUGCAGGACAAAAUGAGGAUGGACACCCCACAGGGUGGCCGGCACACCGUCGUGCGCUGGCUACACCGCUCCUCGUUCCUCAUCCGGCCGCCUCCCGGAAGCAGGUCGAUACGGCUGCCGCUCCCGCACCCGUCCGGGCCCGGGCCCUCGCCCGCAGGUGCGUGGAUCGUGGACCCCGAUUGGUUCGGCACCGUCGUCGCCUCCACGAUCGGCUCCUGGGGCCCUGUCGUCCCGAGCCGGCGCGACUGGCAGCUCUCGCCCGACCAGGUGCUGCUCAACGAACGAAGGACUGUCUUCAGGAUCUUGCGCGAGAAGAGUCGUCCUGGUGAAAUCUGGAUCCGUGUCGUCACAGAUAAGGAGAGGAUCAUACCACUAUAGAGGUAGCUGUGUUUCUUGGUUCGAAAUGUUUUUAUUGUAACUAUAAGACCGUGUAGUUUACUUGGCAGAC